AUGCCACCCAAGCGAAAGCCACCUCCCUCCCAGGGGCGCUCCCCCGGGUCUGUCACAGUGGCGGACGCGGGGCGGUUUUUCUACCUCAACGGGAUCCUCUGCAAGAGCUUCGCCGCCGACGGCGCGUUUCGCCCGUCGGCGGUCUUUCCCGCGGUGGACGCUGUGGCCCACACCUUGGCCACCCCUACGGGGGAGGAGGAGGGGGACCCGAUUCCUCUCAGUCUCCGGCCUAACCUGGACGACCCCAUUUUGAACACCUUUGGGGUGCUUUCGAAGGGGGUGCUGAUGGACCCGUGGGAUGGGCACUUUGUGGAUUUUGCCGAUCCGCAGGUCUGGGCCCCGUCGCUGUUGGACGCCGCGGGCGAGACUUCUUCUCGCGAGGCCAAGGGGACGGGAGGGGAUCUUCCGCCCAAACAAUUCCCUCUGCAAAAACCCUCUGCACGAAUUCCACGGCUGCAGCGAUUGUCCUUACACGCAAGCAGCACCUCAUCCCUAUCCCUCGAGACGCUUCACAGACAAAAUCAGGACUUUUAUGAACAAGGAGACUUUUCCGGUUUACGGGCGCAGGCUUGCGUGUUGCUCUGCUCCUCUCUCGAACCCCUAGACCGAUCUGAAGCCUUGGAGGAAUGGAAAGAAAUGAUUCUGAAGGAUCGGACCCCCUUUUCGUGGCCCUAUUGCCGGAAGUUUAUUUCCCACUCCAACCUCCAUAAUGCUGUGAAGGGCUAUGUGGAAUGGCUUUUUACCGCCUGCGAGUUCCCCCGCGCGGCGGUAGACCCCCAAUCCGACCGCCAUCAUUUGUUUUUGCACUACUUAACUCUGAUGGAGGAGUAUCGGCUGCUAAUAAAACUUCGGAGGCCACAAAGCACCCACUUGCCGGUGGGGAUUCCCUUUCCUUUUCAAUACAAAGGCCGCGCGUUGCGCAGGGCGGUGCAAAACGAGGAAUCCGAAAUUAACGACGCAUCUCAUUCGGGCGAGAUACCGAACGAGGGCGAUUCUUCCCUCGUGAGCGCCUCUUUGCUGUCAUCUUUUAGUUGUUUGACCGGGAAACCAUCGAUGAGUAGAGUUGGCUACAGUACCAUUCGGGGGGAUAUAUUUCACCGGUACAACAACAGAAAUGUCGUAUUAGAAAUACAGAAAUACGUCACGCCGCUAAGAGCGUUGGAUUGUAAGCGCUCGCGCAAAAUAUUGGAUGAGAUUGAGCGGCCGUAUUUAUAUCCGCCGAAACAUUUAAGCCAAUGGAGGCGGGCAUGGUGGAUUUUUAGUGUUUACUUUUGUUAUCUUGGACUUAUAAAGGGUCCUUCUUCCCCUCAAUUGAAGGCGAGUGCUUCGACAGAAUUACACCGUCCAAUAAAGUCUGAAACUUUGCCCUUUCCUCGAUACCAGCUUUUUUUUAAUAAAAAAUACUCGGUAUCUGAUGAGGUCCAUCGUAAGUGUUUGGAUGAAGAAAAACUAAAGUGUGCUCAGUGGAAGGGUCCGAGUAAGUUAUGUGCGAUGCGCUCGCCGAGUAAAAUCGAAAUUGCGUGGGCUUGGAAUUAUAUGAUAUGCCAUGAAGAUCGUGAUCGACUACUGGAGCGCUUGUCAAAGGUAGAAAUGUACCUUGUCAAACUGACUUCGUCUACAAACAAGAGGAAUAAACCCGAACUAGAUUUGGCUUAA